AUGGGCUCAGCGAGCCGCGGUGCCUGGCACUGCUUGAAGCCGGAGGAGCGCAGGGCGUUCGGCAGCAUCAGCAGAGCCCCGCUGCUGCUGGAAAGGAGCGCUGCGGGGAGGCGAGACUUUGAUUCUCUCUCCAAGGAUGAUGUCUAUGAGAAUAACCGCUUGGCUUUUGAAUUGGCAGAGCGGGAGCUGGGCAUCCCAGCCCUGCUAGAUCCCAAUGACAUGGUCUCCAUGAAAGUCCCCGACUGCCUCAGCAUCAUGACUUACGUGUCUCAGUAUUACAACCAUUUCAACAGCCCCAGCCAAGCCAGAGUCCCUCCACCUAUGAAACGCCCAGCUGCUGCCUCCUCGCCUCCUCUGCUGUCCAGCAAGAAGCCCGUGGCUGCUGGGGAGCAGCUCGUGGCACCCAUCCUGAGCUCCCCAUGCGUUGUGUCUCAGGACGAUGCCCCCGCGGACCCAUCGGAGCGGUCCCAGCGCACCACGCUCAGCAGUACCUGCGCUGCCUGCCAGCAGCACGUCCAUCUGGUCCAGCGCUACCUGGCCGAGGGCAAGCUCUACCACCGCCAGUGCUUUAGGUGUAAGGAGUGCUCCAGCACGCUGCUCCCAGGGUCGUACAAGCCCGGGUCAGAGGCAGGGACUUUUGUCUGCACACAGCAUCGUGGUAAACUGGCCAUGAGUGGGAAGGCAGAGAGGAGGCCCAGCCCAGACCGACGGUCGCCGGAGCUGAGAACUGAAACUGGGGCUGGCAGCGUGGGUGAGGAUGCCCUCCCCGCAGGAGCAGAGGUGGGGAAGGGCGACGGCGACUCCAUGGAGAGCAUGGCAGAGACCCAGAUGCCCGCAGAGGGGCUAGCUGGCCCAGCGGAGAAGGACAGCACACCCGGCAGAGCAGAGGCAGCGAUGGCCCCUGCUCACGCAGGCAGCGGGGUGCCCGUCUCCCAAACUCCCCCCAGACCUCCCCUUCCCAGCAAGCCCACAGCGCUCACCCAGGAGAAAACCAGCUCGCUGGACGGACGGCUCAGAGACACACGGCCCACCCCUGCCCCGAGGAGGGCCACAGAUGCGUCGGCACUGUCCCCUCCGACCUCCCACCCCGUCCCCCGGCCAAGGUCCACUCUCCAGGGCGAGGGCAGCGAGUGUGGACCUGGCAUGGUGAACGGGUACCUGAACCCAGCCCCCCUGUCCCAAAACCCCGAGGGAGACCCUGCUCCUCUGAUCGGGUCUUUGUCUCUUAGGGUUUGUAAAGAAGGGUUGCACAAGCACCCCGCGUUCGAAACAGCCAAGGAGCCGGGUGCUGCUGGAGCUGCUGCAAGGGCCAAGGACCCGCCGUGGAUGGCCUUAGUGCAAGCAGAGACCAAGAAGAAGCCAGCUCCCCCUCCUCCCCCAGGCAGCAGCCAUGAGACUCCAAGUAGGACUUCAGAGGAGGAGGAUGGGGAGGAGGUGGGGAAAGCCAGGAGCGAGGAGAGCAGGUCUGAUGCCACAGAGCCCAAACCGUACAACCCCUUUGAGGAGGAGGACGAGGAAGAAGAGGAGAGUGCUGCUGCCCAAAAGAGCACGCCUGAGCAGGAGCAGAGUGAGACUGCUGCCAAGCCCCUCCACCCCUGGUACGGCAUCACUCCCACCAGCAGCCCAAAGGCGAAGAAGCGGCCAGCUCCGCGAGCCCCCAGUGCUUCCCCGCUAGCCCACCACCCCAUCUCCAGGCUGUCGCACUCCGAGCCGUCAUCCUCCACCCCGUCUCCAGCCCUCAGCCUGGAAAGCAUCAACUCUGAGAGUUCAGCCAAGGUGCUGGGUGACACCGACGAGACCUCAGUGCCCAAAAGCUCCUCCGAGCCCACUGUCCACACGCCGACAGCCACCAAGACCUCUAGCACUGACACGCCACUGGCCAGCGUCUCUUCUAGCGAAAGCCAUGCUGACCCAGCCAGCCUCUCCACCAACUCCUCCUUCUCCUCCUCCAGUGAGCUGGCCAGCUUCAGCGGCGAGGCGCAGCCCAGCACCCUGCACGCCAGCAGGAGAAAGCCUCCUGCUGGGGCCAGCCCUACACCCAUGCUCUUGGCUUCAGAUGGGGGAGCUGGGAGCCCUAAAACGCCCUCCUCACCCAAGCCACAGCUGAAGUCUUCCUGCAAAGAGAACCCCUUCAACCGGAAGCCGUCGCCUGCCGCCUCUCCCUCCGCCAAGAAACCUCCCAAGGGCUCCAAGCCAGUGCGUCCUCCCGCACCAGGUCAUGGCUUCCCACUGAUCAAACGCAAGGUGCAGACAGAUCAGUACAUCCCCGAGGAAGACAUCUAUGGGGAGAUGGAUGCCAUCGAGCACCAGCUGGACCAGCUGGAGCACCGUGGGGUGGCCUUGGAGGAGAAACUUCGCAGUGCUGAGAAUGACAGCCCUGAGGACAGCCUGCUGGUGGACUGGUUCAAACUCAUCCAUGAGAAGCACAUGCUGGUGCGCCACGAAUCGGAGCUCAUCUACAUCUUCAAGCAGCAGAACCUGGAGCAGCGGCAGUCGGAUGUGGAGUAUGAACUGCGUUGCCUCCUCAACAAGCCAGAGAAGGACUGGACCGAUGAGGACCGGCAGAGGGAGAAGGUGCUGAUGCAGGAGCUGGUGACCAUCAUUGAGCAGAGGAACGCCAUUGUGAACUGCCUGGAUGAGGACCGGCAGAGAGAAGAGGAGGAGGAUAAAAUGUUGGAAGCCAUGAUUAAAAGGAAAGAGUUUCACAAGGAGACGGAGACCGAGAGCAAGAAGAAAGGCAAAUUCAAGCCCAUGAAGGUGCUUAAGCUGCUGGGCAACAAGCAUGACUCCAAGAGCAAGUCGCCCAAGGAGAAAAGCUAGAGCAGGGGAACACCAGCAGUGGGAGGGAUGUGCUGCCCGACCGCCCUGGCCUCCCCACAGCUGGCUGGGAUCCCUGCCAGGAAGGGGGGCUCGUCUCCCUCCCCUCCCCUCGCCUCUCCCCAGACUCCCUCCCCAGGCACCGGAGCUGCUGCCCUAGGGAGACGCCAGCCCUCUGCCCGGAAUAGGGGUGUCCAGCCAAAAGCUCCCCUUCCCGAGGCUGCGGAGGAGCCU